CCACCACACGCUUGCCGGGGCCUGAAGUUUGCCGCGCCCCCAGGAUCUUGUGGAAUUCGCUUUUCUCUUGAAUUCGGGGCCACCUCUAACCUUCGCUAUCGCACGCGCGACGCCCUCAACCCGUUCUCCCACCAUCGUGGAUGUCGCGGGGUUGCGGCUGUAGCGCGCAUCGUCACCACCAUGGACAGCAGAAUUCGAGUGUCCAGGGUGGAAGAUGUCAAGCUGUAUAGAACUGGACGCAGCGUCGACGGCACGCUUCACCUCCAACUCCACCACCUUGUCUUCAAAUACCAUGACACCCCGCAGCCUACCGACAAGCCGGCGCGACCUCGUGAGAUGUGGAUUGCCUAUCCGAUGAUAUCGCGAUGCAAUUACAGGCCGGCACCGCCCGUAAGCCAUACCCCGCCCGAGAUCCGGAUCCAGUGUCGCGACUUCACUUUCAUCUCUCUGCAUUUCCGCAGAGAGAACGAGGGCCGGGACGUUUACGACACUAUACGCUGCUUGACCUGCAAGCUGGGGAGCAUAGAGAAUCUAUAUGCGUUCACCUAUCGAUCUCCGGAACCGGAGCGGGCAGUCUCUGGCUGGCAGCUGUACGACCCGAGACGGGAAUUCAAGCGCAUGGGCAUUAGCGCAAAGGACCCCGAUAAAGGUUGGAGGCUAUCGGAUAUCAACCAUGACUACCAGUAUUGUGCGACGUAUCCCGCCGUGAUGGCGGUGCCGUCCGUCAUCUCAGACAUGACGCUGAAAUAUGCGCGAGACUUCCGCUCACGUCACAGGAUACCUGCGCUGGUUUACCUACAUCCUAUCAACAAUUGCUCGAUAACCAGGAGCUCCCAGCCACUCCCUGGCAUUCAGCGAAAGCGAAACCCGCAAGAUGAAAAGCUCAUCGCUGCGAUCUUUGCGACAUCGAAACCAAACGGCGAGAUCGACAUAACAGAUUCAAACCAGCCAUCUCCAUCUGAUACGCCGGUUCCCAGCACAACUCCGAACAGAAGUUCAGACAACCUUCCCGCGACAAGCGGCGAUUCUUCGUUCGUUGUUGAAGGCAUGGCUACCGAAGAUCAGAUUGUGGAAAGAGCUGCUAGUUCGCCCGAUCAAGCAGAGCAAAGAAAGUACGGUGCGCAACAGGUCAACCUCAUUGUAGAUGCCCGGCCGUUUAUCAAUUCUGCCGCGAACUCGGUCAUCGGCAAAGGUUCGGAAGACAUGGCUCAUUACAGGAACGCGACCAAGGUAUUCCUCGGAAUCGCUAACAUCCAUGUUAUGCGAAAAUCUCUGCAAAGGGUGGUGGAUGCAUUGAAGAAUACGGACACCACGCCAUUGCCACCAGUGCAGCGUGAACUCAUAAACAGUGGGUGGUUGAGUCACAUCAACGGCAUCUUAGAUGGAGCGAGGACCAUAGCGUACCACAUCGCUGUAAACCACUCACAUGUUCUCAUUCACUGCUCUGAUGGAUGGGACCGGACAAGCCAGCUGAGUGCGCUCGCUCAGAUAUGCCUUGAUCCUUACUACCGCACACUGGAGGGUUAUAUGGUUCUCAUUGAAAAGGACUGGCUUUCGUUUGGGCAUCAAUUCCGCCUGCGCUCUGGUCAUUUGAACAGCGAAAGGUGGUUUGAGGUUGAGAACGAACGCAUAGGGGGCAAUGAUCCAAACGCCCCUCCAGGCGGUAGUAACGCAUUCGAGAAUGCAUUGCUCAGUGCCAAAGGCUUUUUUGGAAACCGGAAGACUGAGAGUAGAGAAUCGCUUGUCGACUCGGACAAUGAAGUGAAGUCUGAUUCUCCUGCGGGGAGCUCUAGGACGAACACCACAAGACAUACGGUCGAAAAGGCUCAUACCACAAAAACAGACGAAGUCAGUCCCGUCUUCCACCAGUUCCUGGACGCUACGUAUCAACUUCUGCAACAAAACCCAACGAGGUUCGAGUUCAACGAACGGUUCUUGCGGCGUCUGUUAUACCAUCUCUACUCCUGCCAAUACGGCACUUUCCUCUUCGACAACGAGAAGGAGCGCGUAGAGAGUAAAGCCUAUGAACGGACGCAAAGCGUUUGGGACUUUUUUAUUGCGCGGAAGAAGAUGUUCAUGAACGAAAAGUAUGACGCCACCGUAGAUGACAGAAUCCAAGGGAAAGAACGCAUCCUCUUCCCUAAAGUCAAACCUGGAUCGGUAAGGUGGUGGGCCGAGGCGUUCGGACGCAAAGACGAGGAAAUGAACGUUCCAGGGACAGGUGCCUCCGUGUCCUACUCUCAACGAGAACCCGGAGCGCCAGCCUUGAAUGGUAUCGAAACCGCUAACCCCAACACGGGAAGUGUGACUGCAAGACAGUUCAAGCCAAACGAAAGCUCUAUGAGCGGAGACCAUAAUUUGACUGUGGGCUUUGCAAGCAUGUCCACUGGCAGACGAAGUCCCAGUCCCAGCAGACCGCAGGACCCACACGCAAUGCAGGAAAUGAUGGAGGUGGAGAUGCAGUAGUUUGAGGUUUACAAUUAUUCAUAUCUUCGUUAUCCGAGCGAGGCGUUUGGCAUGGUUAGUAAGAGCAUGCUUGGAGCCUGUGGUUUGGCUUGUGGGUUGCUUGGUCCGAGAUGGUGACAGAGGGUUGCGGCUCGCCGAGAAUGCUUCCAUAUGGGCAACGGGAAGUAUGUUAUCGCCCUACGAAAGUCCGCGUAACUUCAUGAUCGACGAUGCCAUCACCCUAGCGUCUUAAAAUGCUCAUGUGAAUUGCCCGAGGCUGAGGAAACGACGAUCCCUGUACACAGCCGC